UGCUGUCAAGCCACUUGCCCCAAGGCUCCUGGCCAAUCACAGUGGAGCAGACUUUAUAGCUCCUGGCUCUGACUUCUUCCUAUUCAGCCCACUGAUGAAAUGGGUGAGCAUUUUUUAAGAGGUCCUCAAAAAGGAAACAUCUCCUCACAGGGGCCCACAUCAAGUGCGUCGAAUUCGCUAAGAGCACUUUCAAGUCUCCCGUGGAAGCAUCACACUUUCGGGAUGGACAGAAUGGCCUCCCACCUGGAGAAAUCCAAAAACUUCCGCAUCGAGGCACUCCUGGCUCACCAUGUGGAUCAGAGGCCGGCGGACGGCGAUGGCGCUUCCCCGCAGGCGCCCUGCACCGGGAGCCCCGUCCACACCCCGCGGUCCGGGACGCCCUCCCCUCGGCCCGCCGACGCCACCCAGGCCCAGCCGGCGAUGACGCCCAACGCCGCCGGCUACAACUUCUCCCAGGCGGGGUUCGGCGCCAUGCACGUCGCCGCCGCGGGGUUCCUCGGAAUGCACCCGAGGUCCGUGUACCCUUUGGCGGCUGUCGGCGCCCAGCCGUCCGCCUUCGCGUAUCCCGGCUUCCCGCCGCUGGUCCAGCCGUACCCGGGUCACUUGACAGCGGGCAGCGUGGCCGGGGUGCACCCGCUGGAGCCCUGGAUCAGAGCCGGGAUGAUGAUGUUCCCCAGAUUCGGUGACUAUGGAGCGCCACCUCAAGCCGGAUUGUUGGGGAAGUGUCGGAAGCCCAGGACAGCGUUCACCAGCCAGCAGCUGUUGGAACUCGAAAACCAGUUCAAGGUCAACAAGUACCUUUCCAGACCCAAACGUUUUGAGGUGGCCACCUCACUCAUGCUGACUGAGACGCAGGUUAAAAUUUGGUUCCAGAACAGGCGAAUGAAGUGGAAGCGAAGCCGUAAAGCGAAGGAGCACGCUAACCCGACGUCCCCGCUGAGCGACGGCGAAAGGGCCGACAGUGUCCAGCUCCAGGUGGACUCUCCGAGUUCCAGCCUGGAGGAUGAAGAGGAGCUCGAAGGCGAGGAAGAGGAUGAGGAUCCGAAUGUGCUGCCGGGUUCUCUGGGCUCCCUCUUGAGGCGUGCCGGAGGUGUCACGGAGAACUACCGGUCUUAUUUGGAAGAGGAACUGGAGGAGGGAAGUUCAAGACGAAGUGGGGUUUUCCCAUAGUUGUGACAUGUGUUUUCAUUGUUUGUGUUUGUAUAUUGCUCCGGAGAGGCCAAUGCACAAUGUAGCAGGUGCGCAGAUUUUAUUUAUCUCAAGUCAGUCGUUGAAAUGUUGUGUCAAACCGCAAUGAAUUUUUACACGUAGCGUUAAGUUUGUGAAUGGGCUGUCAUGAUCCUGAGCCAGACUUCAGAGUCCACACAGAACUGCAAGAUGUUUGUUUACAUAGUCAUGGAAUAUAAUUUUAAAUUAUUUCAUCUCUAUGGGCAAGCAUAGUAACUGCACCAGCACUUCAGACUUUCUGUUGUUGCAUGGCUAUUAUUAGUGCUUACUGGUUUGG